CUUUCUGAACCAUUUCUUCGUAUCUAACAAACUUAUCCUCGGGCGAUUCUGAAAAGGUACCCGCCUAUCUAACCAACCUACCUUACCAUCGAGGUCAGGCCCCGGCCAAAGGGAUGCGUCCAGUUACUUUGGCCUGUGCAUUCAUUGCGCCACGUCACGUGAUCGUGCAUGUGGCUCAAGCUCUAAUCUACUUUCUACCUAUCGGGCAACGAUAAGAUCCAUCUCGUUUCGCGUUAAGCCUAGGCAUCGUCAACUUCUCUGUCCAGUACUUGCUGGUUGUAGCUUCCACCCUCAAUCUCAACUGCUAAUUGCCCUCAUCGAUAGCGUCUCGAACUCGACAAGUCAACAACGCCGAUUCGGCGCAUCGACUGUCUGGCACCCAGCUCAACCUCGUCAUCAUCCCUAUAGCGUUUCUCUUUUCUAUCAACCGUCGAUCGCAACCCCCGCCUACCUAGCCCAAAUCUGCCGCAAUGGCGACCGAAGAUGCCCGAUACCGACUCUCGACGCAAUAUCGAUUAUGGUCCUUCUCGCCAUCGAAGCUGGCAGAACUGCGCGAACAGACGAACUCGCUCGCCCGAACCCACAUCGCAAGUCGCCUCAUCGAAACAAAACGGGUCGACAUAGACGUUGAGCCGUUGCCGGAAUUCUUGACUCCUGCAGAAGAAACUCAACUCUUGAAGGUCUUCACGGUUGAUCUGAUCCGCGCGGCCGACUUUUGCGGCAUGCCCACCGAAGUCAGGGCAACUGCGACCGUUUUCCUGCGCCGUUUUUAUGUCACCAAUUCAAUCAUGACGUAUCCGCCCCAGGACGUUCUCAAGACGUGCUUGUUCUUCGGAAGCAAGGCCGAAGGACAGUACAUGCGGCUUGCCAAACUCGCAGAGAAGUUCCCUAAUACGACCGAGGAGGAGAUUUUGGCUGGGGAGUUCCUGCUCUGCCAGGGUGUUCGAUUCGCAUUUGAUGUCCGACAUCCGUUUCGUGCGUUGGAGGGAGCUAUACUGGAGCUUCGGCGACACACUGACCUCGAGAAAGCUCGAAUUGACACAGCUCAUGCUCGUGCCCGGGCUGUUCUUAAGUUUAGCUCUCUCGUCACCGAUGCCUACUUCCACUACACGCCGAGCCAGAUCAUGCUGGCUGCGCUUUCGCUUGCCGACCGGGGACUGACCGAGAGACUGGUCCAGGGAGCGUUUACCCCCAACCAGAACGCUACAUCGAACGAAAAUGGAACAGAUUCGACACCACGACACGACUUACGAGACAAGGUGAUGGGCGCGAUAGAAGCAUGUCGAGAGAUGUUGGCGACUGAGCCCCCAGAGAGACUAGACGAGUAUUGGGGAACUCCCGAGAGCACCAAGCUCAUCAAGCCGCUUUUACGAAAGCUCAAAAAGUGCAGAGACCCCGAUCGUGCAGAUCUCGUGGCUCUGCAGAAGGCUCGGCGCGAGUUGGCAUCACAGAAGGAUUCUCGGCGUCCAAAGGCCGAGGGCGACGGUGCCGUGUUCAGCGAAGAUGGCGGAGUACUCAACGGGAACGAUGCGCGAGACGCCAAGCGGAGGAAGGUCGGCGAGGGCGACGAUGUCUUUGGUCCAGCGUUGGGAUGAGGAGCGAAACGACCGGGCCUAAACCGGGACCACCGUACACUGUUAUUACCAAUUGGGCACCCGAAUCGCGCAAAAAAAAAGUGCAUGGCGUGAUGUCGCCGAAGUAGUCGCGAUCGCCGCCGCCAAGGCCGCCCGAAGGGUGAUGGAACCUGGACGGAGUGUCCCAAUUCAUACAUACGAGAAACGAUACCCAAAUUUGCCAUUCUACCCGCUCAGGCGCUAACCCCCCUCCCCCGUUUCGACGGUGAUCCUCGACGACGUGGUCAUGACCAGGCUUCAGGUCGUCUUAUUCCAAAACGUGUGCGCCUCGUUCGUUGGCUGGUCACUUCGGGCUUGUUCUCCGGAUGCCUCGCGAGAGGUUUCGCUGGACACGCCCGGAGGCCUCGAAGGGUUCCGACUCUGUUGUUCCCGGGGGUCCUGGGCAAGGAACAGGGCCAGUCAGGUUGCAGCCGCCAAGCAAGGAUUUCUGCGCGUGGAGGAAUGAGCCACUGGCAAAAAGGAUGGACCAGGCGCCAAAACCGCGAUCGUUCAAGUAUAUCGAUGACGCACCGAUUUGUCGAUGUUAUGGCAAAAGUCUACCUGUGUGGUGUAAAACAUGGGACCAUGUCGGCACAACCGGCCCAUGGAGCUCUUGGGGGCCUGGGAAGCUUAUGCUGGUGCGUCCUUGGCCUCGCUUUCACGCGAGGGCCCUAGUCCAUUUGCGGAUGCGGUUCUCGACAGCUUGCGGAUGUAUCAUGUAGUACUCACGCCUGUUGAGCAAACUGUUGCUUACACCAAACGAAUGACACGCCGCGGCGAAGCCAAAGGAGGAAGCGGGAAUGGCCCAACUGGCCCUGCGCUGGUUAGUCGCUGGGCGAUGGUGCGGGGAGUCGGAUGCUAAUGACAGUCUAGCGUAACUCUGCACCGACUGUGCCUAUUGGACAUAGAGUUUCCCCUCGUCUCCCCCCCCUUUUUGCUAUUUGUACGUUGCUAUGUGUCUCAUGUAAGUAGACUGUGCAACCGAAAGUUGGCGAUAUCAGAAGUAUGCUAUCUUGGAGAUCGUGGUCAAGGUUCUGUUCGCACAUGGCUGGAAGCACAACCCGCAUGAGGGAAGGAAAUUUGAGAUGAGGUGAGAGGCCUGAAGCUUGAAAGACGGAUAACUUGGCCCUAAGGUUCAGUCUCUGCAGAGAUGACAUGACUAAAAAGACAUGGGUUCCUGGUGGGUUUUCUGCGUUCUACGCGACGACCUAACCACACCAGACCUGAACGGCUCUCUUGUUGUCGGCGCCGUCGGAGCCCCUCCCGGUUCCAAUGGCGCUAAGCCGCCUAUCC